CGUGCAAUCAAAACCCCCCCUCUCCUCCUCUCCACACAUUUCCUUGGCCUUCCUCUUCCCAUCGCGUCCGGCGAAUCGGCGACGACCGCCUUGCGCUCUCAUCGCUAAUCUCUAGUAAAAUGAGUUCAGCUUGUCCAUUUGCUAAAGGAGCUUCAGUUGGCGCUGUCUGUCCAAUGAGAUCUCAAGAAAAUCAAGAAAAAACACAGGCUGUGCAUGAAGACAAGAUAGAUGAUAAAAGCAAUCAUUCUGAUACUAUAUCUCCAAAAUGUCCAUAUGGUUUUGACUCACAAAAUUUUAAACUUGGUCCUCUAAGUUGCAUGAUUUGCCAAAGCUUGCUGUUUGAGAGCAGCAAAUGUAUGCCUUGUUCCCACAAAUUUUGCAAGGUCUGCAUAUCCCGCUUUAGUGAUUGCCCACUCUGUGGUGCUGAUAUAGAGAAGAUUGAGCCUGAUAAAGAGCUCCAGGACAUGGUUGAUCGCUUCAUCAAUGGUCAUGCUAGAAUCAAGAGGUCUCAAGUUAAUACAGAUGCAACAGAAGCAAAAGAUGUUCCCCAAACUGUGAUAUAUGGUGAUGUCUCCAUGGAGCGUGGAUCUUUCCUAGUGCAACAGGCUCUGAGGGCUUUCCGUGGACAAAAUAUAGAGAGUGCUAAAUCAAGACUCAGUAUAUGUGCAGAGGAUAUCAGGGAACAAUUGGAGACAUCAGGAAGCACAUCUGAAUUAUGUUCACAACUUGGAGCUGUUCUAGGAAUGCUAGGGGAUUGCUGUCGAACAAUGGGGGAUGCUAAGUCAGCUGUUACUUUCUAUGAAGAGAGUGUUGAGUUUCUCUCAAAACUGCCUCCAACUGAUAUUGAGUUGGUGCACACACUGUCUGUUUCUUUAAAUAAAGUUGGAGAUCUUAAAUAUUAUGAUGGAGACUUGCAAUCAGCAAGAAAUUAUUAUGCAAAAGCUUUGGAUAUUCGUCGAAAUGCAGUAAAAGAGAACUCAAAAUUGUCUUCCCAGGUUGUUGAUUUCGCUGUUUCUCUUGCCAAAGUUGCGGAUGUGGACAGAAAUCUAGGAAAUGAAGAUGUUGCAACAAAUGGAUUCAAGGAGGCAAUAAGCUGUCUGGAAUCAUUAAAGCUGAGUACAGACGAAGUUGGACUAGAACAAAAGCGUAACUCUGUGCUGGAAUUCCUGAACAAACAGCUUGCAGAAAAGGAUCGUCAGGUCAUUGAUGCUGCCGUUUGAUGAGGUCUGAAUGCAACAAGAAAUCCACCGUAAUUACUAGUUCGAACAUGUUUGCGCCACUUGCAAACUUCCUAUGCUACCUGCUUAUAUGAGGUGGGCUAAUGCAAAAUCAGGUUGCCUCUCUACAUGUACAUUUAUAUGGUUUGCAGGCCUCUGCUUUCAACGUGUUAGGAUAGACUGUAACCAGAAUCUGUACUCUGUAUGCAGAUAAAUGUAUCGUUUGACGGGAAAUAUAUGGAAUCUAAUGUUACUAUAUGUUUGUUGAA